AAGUGGAAGCACGGAAGGGGGAGGGGGGAGGAAAACCUCCCUCUGGGCGGCUCCCUCUCGCCAUGUCAGGAUUUCAGUUAGCGCCCGCGGACGGGGGCUGCCCUGUGGCGCUACCGCGCGGGGAGACAGUGAUAGGAAGAGGCCCCCUGCUGGGCAUUACAGAUAAGCGAGUAUCUAGGAAACAUGCCAUAUUAGAAGUGGUGGGUGACCAGCUCCGCAUCAAACCGGUCCAUGUAAAUCCUUGUUUUCUUCAGUCAUCUGAAAAUGGUGACCUAUUACCACUGGAGACACAUGAGUGGCACUCUUUGAACCCAGGUGACAGCUUUUCCCUGUUAAUAGACAAAUAUCUUUUCAAGGUCCUUUUUGCUCACUCAGAUGUGGAAAGUACACUAAGGAAAAAUGACAUGGUUAAUGUACAAGAACCACUGAAUUCAAGUGUUGAUCCUGUUGAGAUGUCAUGUAGUCCAACGUGUCCUAAUAGUGAUAUCCAAAUGGAAAGCUGUUCCCAGUUGGAAAGAAAAGCUGAAAUGCCAAAGAACGAAAUGGCUUCCAAAGGUUCAGUUUUUCCUGCCAAUUGUAAUGAAAAUGAACAACGAAAACCUGCCCAGAGAAAAAGGGUGCUUCCACCUUGGAUGCUGCAAGGAGACUUAGUGGUUCAAAACCUUUCUACCCCAGUCACUAAAAGAGGUUGCAGAGUAACAAGAGGGAAAGAAAAAUACAGCAAGGAACUCUCAGAAUCAAAAGUGAGAAAUGUUCAGGUUAGAAAACAGUUAGUUACUGAAGACAUUGGAGAGGAUUGUGAAGAGACAGAGCAAGAUCAGGGAAAGAAGAACAAAACUACUGAAAAAGACAACACAUCACAGAGUGCAUCUGGAACCCCAUUUGCAAUGGCUGUGAAAAAAAUGGAAGGGAAUGAGAAGUCUGUGAUACAAAGGACUGAAAGAUCUAUGGACAAAAGUGAUUGGCAACCCCAUAGUGAAGUUUCUGACCACAGGCUAGUUGCAGAAGGCCAGCUCUGUACUCAGACCAAAAAGACAGGUGAAAUGGAAAACAUGGAACAGACCAUCCCUUCUGCAAGCCAACCAGUUCACCAGGACAAGUCAUCCCAGUCUCAGGUUUCACAGGAUGAGACUCCAGAGCUUGAUGUAAACCCAGAUCCUGGUACUGGAGUUUCUGAUUCAACAGGAAGCAAAGAUGCUCUGCAGAGUUCUAAGCAAACCCAGCACAAGAGGGUCCCUUGCAUGUAUGGAACAGGUUGUUACAGGAAGAAUCCAGUUCACUUUCAGCAGUUCAGUCACCCUGGAGACAGUGAUUAUCAUGAUGUACAGGUUGCAAGUGAAGAUGACAGUGAUGACAGACCUGAAUGCCCAUAUGGAAGUACUUGUUACAGAAAGAAUCCGCAGCACAAGAUUGAAUACAAGCAUACUGCUCCUCCAGGAACCGAAACAAGAACAACCCGCCAAAAAACUCAUAGGAAAGGAAAAAGUGUUUUGGAGGAAGACAGUGACAACGAUGGUGAACCAAAUAAAUAUGACCUGAAUGACAGCUUUAUAGAUGAUGAGGAGGAAGACUUUGAUCCUACUGAUGAAGAUUCUGAUUGGGAACCAGAUUCUGAAGACAAAGAUAAUGAAGAUGUUAACACUCUUUUGAAAGAAGCACAAAAAUUUGUUAAAACCAAAAAGUAACUACCCAAAUAAUGGAAAGGACUUGCUGCUUCCACGUUUACAUGAUGAAUAGAGGAGGAGGAAAACUGCUUUGAAAACUAAUUUUCCCAUCCUUGAUACACUAACUUUUAUUAAUGGAAUAAACAAACGGAGUAAUAGCUUUCUUUCCUUUUGUACGCAUUGUUUGGCUUUGGCUUUUUAGAAGGGGAAGUCAGAUCAUAGACUGAGAUUAUAUUGUGUGUUUACUGAAGUAAAACAUUUUGAAAUGGAAUUCUCCCUUCUGAUUCUUUCCCAACUCUCUUAUAGCUCAUUGUCAGAGGGAAAACUUUAAAUGUGGGAUUAUAGCACGUACCAUUUCUUAUUAAUAACUGUUGUGCUCAAAAUUAAAAGGAUUAUGGACCUUUAGGGAGGUUUAUUGGUGUGCUAAAGUGUAAUAAGUUAUAUGAUGAAUGAAGGUAACACUGCAGAAACUUUGUUAUGGCAAAUAGGUUCAUAAAUCACUAGGGAUCUUAAAUAUUAAACCAACUCUUUAACCUAUUAGCCAAUUAUACUACAGUGCCAUUUUAAGUUUUACCAGUCUUCUGUUUAUUAAUUUAUUUGACCCUUCAGUGUAAAUUGAUAAUGUUUGCAAAUUUCUUGAAGAAAUAGUUUUUUAAAUAUAGACUGAAUUUUCAGUUAUUUCUCAAGAGCAAUUUCUGGGUGUUAUUAAUGGUGUACUUAUUAAAGUACAUCUUAUUUUACAUCUUUAUAGUACAUUUUUCUGAUUGGAGCACAUGAUGAUGAUUUUGACAAAUUUAUGCUAAAACAGCUAUGUUAUGUUAAUAGCUAGCUUUACACACAGAACUGAUUUAGAUUUUUGAUGGACAUAGUAUAGGUAGAGCUCAUAGCUAUGUCUAUAGCUAAGAUUUCCAAGUACUUUCCAUUAGAAGACUUUGUCCUCAGUAUGCUUAUAUAACUGUUUCUAACUUUAAUUUUUCAAGUUGAAAUUGGUGCAUGUCCCAAGUCAAACUUUCUUUAAAAAGAAGUAUAGGCAAAAUGGUUUAUGAAGUUGAAAAUCUAACAUUUCUUUGCUUUACAGCAGGGGCAUGCAGUUUGGUGGGAGAACAUCACUGGUAUUAUGGCUGUGCCUUUUGCUGCUCCUAUGAAAUCUACCCAAAUAUUCUUGAAUAAUGACCUUCCGAAUGCUAUUUUGCACAAAUUCUCUGGCUUGCUUAGAGUUUGGUAACUAAUUUCUCUAACGUGUGCUGAUCAUGCUUCCAUCAUCCCUCACAGUUCCUAUGUGUGUACCUUGGUCCCUGAGACUCAGAAUGACCUGCUGUAUCCUUGGGGCAGGACUUCCUCUGUAUUUUUUUGUCCAUGCAUCACAAGGAAGGUAUUCAUCACAAGAAAGGAACAAAAAUAGUCUCUUGUGCUCUCAAUAAUCCCCAUGCUUAUGCCCAGGCAGAAAGGGGAAAAAAAGAGGUAACCUGACUGAAAUGCAGAGAAGAGAUGAGAGGCAUAAUCAUGCUGGGGAAGGACCAGUGUGGGAAAGCAGCUUGGUCCUACAGUGUUGGAUUCUUGAUGGGGCUAUUCUUCCAGUUUCUUUUCAUAUUACAUGCACCUGUGAGCAUGCAAGUGAGGACUGUUGUAAUAAAUGUGCACAAGAAGGCCAAAGGUGGCUUGCAUUUUGUGUGUUUGAUUUACACUCUUAAGUCUUUUCAAUCUUU